AUGCGAUUGCUUACGUGGAAUGUAAAUGGUUUAAGGUCUCUUGUCCAAUAUCACCCAUGGAAUGAACGAAAGGACUAUAAGACCAUAUUGGAUUCACUUAAUGCCGACAUAAUAUGUUUUCAAGAAACAAAAAUUACAUUAGAUAGAUUAGAAUCAUCAAUGGCCAUUAUACCAGGAUACGACGCAUAUUUCUCUUUUGCAAAAGGGAAGGCUGCAUAUUCUGGUGUUGUAACAUAUGUUAAAAAUAGUUCAGUUAGACCUAUCUCGGCCGAAGAGGGAAUUUCUGGAAUUUUGGAUCAACCUCCCAAGAACAUGAGACCAGCCGAUGAGAUAUCGACUUUUGAUUCAUUCGGUUGUACUCCUGAAGAAUUACUCAAUCUUGAUUCAGAAGGUCGUUGUAUUAUACUGGAUUUUAAAAUGUUUGUAUUAUUCAAUAUUUAUUGCCCUAACAAUUCCGGCCCGGAACGACGUCCUUUCAUAACGCAAUUUCAAAAAGUGCUUCAGACCCGUGUGGAAGCCAUGCUUCGAGCUGGAAAACAAGUGAUAGUCAUGGGAGACAUAAAUGUGACACAUAAAGAAAUUGAUCACUGUAAUCCGCAAAAAUCCAUCAAAGAGAGUGAACUAGAAUCUUUCGAUGACCAUCCGUCCAGAAAAUGGUUUGAUGGAUUAGUGGCAACAAAUGGCCCUCUAGUUGAUGUGUGUCGAAGAUUUCAUCCGGAUGAAAAGGGAAUAUAUACGUGUUGGAGUACCGUGAUCAAUGCGAGACCAUCGAAUUAUGGUACGCGCUUGGAUUAUAUACUUGUUAGCCAAGGGUUGAUGAAAUGGGUUAAGUCCUGUAAUGUUGAACAAACCAUUAUGGGAUCGGAUCAUUGUCCAGUUGUUGGAGAGUUUCAUGAAACAAUAAAUGACAAUGGACAAAUACUCUAUCUUAAAGAUCAACUAUUGGUUGAUGUCGAUGGUGAGGCUACAGGGGCACCACCAUUACGACUUUGUGCCAAGUAUUUAUCGAGGUUCUCCGGCAGUCAGAAAACAUUGAAUAGCUUCUUUGUUAAGCAAAACACAAACGAUCAAGUAGGGAGGUUGGAAUCGGUCGUCAUGGAACAACCAAAAAAGACAACAAUUGCUCGGAGAUUGUCCAAUCCUAUAGCGCAAAAAUCGGUCAAAGUUACCAAAAGUGGUGACCGUAGAACAAAGCAAAAAGUUGAAUUGGAUAAAAAUCAGACGUCUCUCAUGCCCUUUUUUAAACAAUCUCUUUCGAAGGAGGCGCCUGAAUUAGGAACUUCGGGUUUUUCAAAUUAUGACUCAUUAUCACAAUUGCAAAGUGAAGAGUCUAAUCAAAACAUAGUAGAAAUAAUGGACGAUUGCACAGAAACAUGUGCUGGCUCUAAUAAUUUACAAGUAAUAUCGCAAUGGAAUGUUCUUUUCACGCCACGUCCAGUACCUAAAUGUAAAAUUCAUGGUGAAACCUGCAAGGAAUAUCGAGUGAAUAAAGUUGGACCAAACCAAGGGAGAUUAUUCUAUAUGUGUUCGAGACCGGUUGGAAAUUCAAGAAAUGAUAGGUGCGAUUUUUUUGAAUGGGCUAAAGGAAACAAAAGUUCAACAAAACGAAAAAGCCCAGACUGUGAUCAGGAAACAAGUUCGAAUAAAAAACACAACAGUUCAUAA